AUGGGUUUUGAAAGAGCAGGGGACUCCUACUGGGAGAAAAAGUCUAAGGCUGCUGGUCUUAAGGCGACUACAAACCAUUUGCGCGAUUUGAAUCCUGAGGAUGCGCACGAAAUUCUUAGGCAAGCUGCUGAAAUUUUUGAAGGAAUAGGAAUAAUUAAUAUUGCAGCUCAAUGUUUUUCAGAUUUAGGGGAUCAUGAAAAAGCUGGUAGUUGCUGGGCGUUCUCCUCCACUAGGGCCAUAGAAGGGAUAAAUGCAAUAGUAACUGGGGACCUUAUAAGCCUCUCAGAACAAGAACUUGUGGAUUGUGACAAAACUAAUGAUGGAUGUGAGGGAGGGUACAUGGACUAUGCUUUUGAAUGGGUAAUGAACAAUGGUGGCAUAGAUACUGAAACUGAUUACCCAUACACUGGUGUAGAUAGUAGCUGCAAUAUUACCAAGGCAGACAUUUUGGAACAACUUAUUCUUGUAUUUUUUCAUAGCGCUCUUCAAGCUAAGAGGUAA